AUGAAAGACAACGAGAUUGUUGGUGACUAUUUCUCCAAAGUUAUGGAUAAUGUAGGACGUCAAAGGUCCUAUGGGGAGGAUCUUACUGAUAAAAAAAUUGUCAAAAAGUUUCUUAAGAGUUUAUCUCAACGGUUCGACUCCGUUACUUCAUCAAUAGAGGUAACUUCUAAUUUGGCGGCGUUAACCCCGGUGAAGUUGAGAGGGUUGCUUCACUCGCAAGAAGAAAAACUCAACAGCAGAGCCUUCUCAGAAAAAACAGCUAACUCGCAGGUAAGACAAGAUGAACAAGCCCUUCAAGUAUUUGCUGAUCAAAACAGAUCUUCAAGGGGCAUGGGUCGUGGAAGAGGUACUACACGUGGAAGGGGUCGAAGUAGAAGAACAUUUGAUCGAAGCAAGGUACCACAAUGCAUUGUAUGA